GUUUUCGUUUUCAGUCCCUCGAGAGUGAAGCGCGUGAUUUCCAACAUGUCGGACGAGGCUGGUGUAAAGUGCACUCAUGUAAUUUUUGACUUGGAUGGAUUAAUGUUGGAUACUGAAUCAAUUUACACCAGAGUGACCCAAGAAAUCCUAGACCCUUAUGGCAAGACAUUUGAUUGGUCAGUUAAAUCAAAAAUGAUGGGACGCAGUGCAAUGGGAGCUGCUCAAGUUUUGGUUGAAGAACUUCAGCUGCCAUUGACAGCUGAAGAAUUUGUUGAGACAUCAAAAGAAAAACUCCUGCAGUUGUUUCCAUCAGCUCCAUUGCUACCUGGGGUAGAAAAUCUUGUUCGUCAUCUCCACAAGCACAAAAUACCCAUUGCAGUUGCUACAGGAUCUAGUGCAUCCGAAUACAACAUCAAGACAUCGAACUACAAAGACCUCUUCCACCUUUUCUUGCACGCGGUGAAAUCUGACGAUCCAGAAUUGAAACACUCUAAACCCGCUCCUGACAUUUUUCAGUUGGCUGCCGCGAGGUUUCCUGUUCCUCCCACGUCACCACGUCACGUGCUUGUACUAGAAGACGCGCCAAACGGAGUGACGGCGGCACGAGCUGCCGGAAUGAAUGUUGUCAUGGUACCCGACAAGAGGGUUGAUAGGUCAAAAUGUUCGCAAGCUCAUUUAGUUCUCAAUUCACUCGAACAAUUCGACCCUGCCGUCUGGGGUUUUCCCCCCUUUUGACCAAAAAAAUCCUUAGAAUAAAUUGUGUGGAUUAG